AUGGCCUCCACAGUCGCCCAGAAGCGCUUGUUUCACGAGUACAAGAACCUUUCCACCAACCCACCGGAGGGCAUCACCGCGGGCCCAGUGUCGGAAGACGACAUGUUCUACUGGGAAGCCCUGAUCGAGGGUCCUGGAGGCACUCCUUUUGAGGGCGGAGUAUUCGCUGCUGAGCUCAAGUUCCCCAAAGACUACCCUCUCAGCCCACCAACAAUGAAGUUUGUUGGCGGCGGAGUGUGGCAUCCCAAUGUCUACCCCAAUGGCACAGUUUGUAUCUCCAUCCUGCACCCACCCGGCGACGACCCGAACCACUACGAACACGCCUCGGAGCGCUGGUCGCCUAUUCAGAGUGUGGAGAAGAUUCUCAUCUCCGUCAUGAGCAUGCUUGCUGAGCCCAAUGAUGAGAGUCCCGCCAAUGUCGAGGCGGCCAAGAUGUGGCGUGAGCGGAGGCCCGAAUAUGAGCAGAAGGUCCGGGAUGAGGUGCGAAAGGGACUGGGACUUUAA